CUUCGUGAAUAGUGAGAUGUAACCGGACCGCAACCCUCAUACAUACAGAAAGACAGUUGAAGAAGACCGAAAUAGCCACUGGCAAAGGACGGAUUUAAAAUCUCAGUUGCGAUUUGCCGAGGUAAAUUCUCUAAACGAACACGUCCGAUAUAAAGUAACGUGUGUAGACUAACAUUUAAAUGAGUCGACUCCUAUAGUCGUUUUGGUUUUUUCCUGGAACAUAUACUAUAGCUCGCCAAAAACACUCUAACGUAGGCGGAUCUGCGUGUUUACGCGCUACGGAAAUUUGUGGCGUGUUGGAAUUGAUUUGGAAUGAAGAAGGAUAAAGUUUGUAUAAUGUUUUCCAAUUUGGUGUUUCUGAUCAUUCUUGGACUUUUACGUGGAGCAGAAUGUCAGUAUGGCGACCGUGGAAUGUCCGUUCCGGACCAUGGCUUUUGUCAACCUAUUUCUAUUCCUCUCUGUACGGAUAUUGCCUAUAACGAGACUAUCAUGCCGAAUUUAUUAGGUCACACCAACCAGGAGGAUGCGGGGCUUGAAGUACACCAGUUUUAUCCGCUCGUGAAAGUUCAAUGCUCUCCUGACCUGAAGUUUUUUCUCUGCUCUAUGUAUGCCCCUGUUUGUACGGUUCUGGAAAAAGCCCUGCCUCCGUGUCGCUCUCUCUGCGAAAGAGCGAGGCAGGGUUGCGAGGCAUUGAUGAACAAAUUCGGCUUCCAGUGGCCUGACCGCCUCGCCUGUGAAUCUUUCCCUGUUCACGGAGCGGGUGAGUUAUGCGUUGGGCAAAACGUGUCAGAUAGGAGCGCUCAUAUUAAUCCUACGUCGGAUGUAACACAAUCACCUUAUGAGCCGCGUACUAAUGUGAUUGAAAAGUUUAGGUGCCCCAUUGCAUUGAGAGUACCACCGUAUUUGAACUACCGUUUUCUUGGGGAGGAAGAUUGUGGUGCACCUUGUGAGCCUUCAAAAUCCCAUGGUUUGAUGUACUUCAAUGAGAAUGAGUUGAAAUUUGCGAAGGUAUGGAUUGGAAUAUGGUCUGUGUUAUGCUGUGCAUCCACCCUGUUCACAGUUUUGACCUACUUAGUGGACAUGCAGAGGUUCAGCUACCCAGAACGGCCCAUCAUUUUCCUAUCCGCUUGCUACACUAUGGUGUCAAUAGCCUACAUAGCGGGCUUUUUCCUGGGAGACAAGGUGGUAUGCAACGACCACUUUGACAGCAAUAUUAAAACGGUUGUCCAAGGCACCAAAAAGGAAGGGUGCACCAUUUUGUUCAUGAUGCUCUACUUUUUCAGUAUGGCCAGUUCGAUCUGGUGGGUCAUCCUAGCCUUGACUUGGUUUUUGUCGGCUGGGAUGAAGUGGGGCCAUGAGGCCAUCGAAGCCAAUUCGCAGUACUUCCACCUGGCGGCGUGGGCAGUGCCCGCCAUCAAGACCAUCACCAUCCUAGCGGUGGGGCAGGUGGACGGUGAUGUGUUGAGUGGGGUGUGUUACGUGGGCAUAAACAGCGUGGACGCCCUCCGAGGCUUCGUCUUAGCCCCGCUCGUCAUCUACCUCUUCCUUGGGACAUCUUUCCUCCUGGCUGGCUUCGUGUCGCUCUUCCGGAUCCGGACUAUCAUGAAGCACGACGGUACCAAGACCGAGAAACUGGAGAAGCUCAUGGUGCGCAUCGGCAUCUUCAGCGUGCUCUACACAGUGCCUGCAACCAUUGUCAUCGCGUGCUACUUUUAUGAACAGGCGUUCAAGGAACAGUGGGAAAAGAGUUGGGUGAGUCGGAUGUGUAAGAACUACGCCGUGCCGUGCCCUAGGCAUCAUCACCCGCAGAUGUCGCCAGACUUUACCGUCUUCAUGAUCAAGUACCUGAUGAUGUUAAUUGUGGGCAUCACCUCCGGUUUCUGGAUUUGGUCGAGUAAAACGUUGAAUUCGUGGAGGAGAUUUUAUAUUAGACUGGCGAGCAAACAGGGGGAGACAACCGUCUGAGGCUGUAUGCUGUUUUCUGUCCCCUGAACACAACCACACACACGAACUGAAGGAAAUGUGACUGUGACACUUUAACAAAAAUCAAUUUUUGUUGUUGUAAAUAAGCUUUUUUAAGAGUUUUGUAUUUACACGUCUAUAUUUGUAUUUCAAAUAGACCACACAUUUGGUCCUCCUCUAAGGAGAAAAGCUCUUAGUAAAAUGGGGAGAUUUGGACUGUCUGAACAUUUGAUACAUUAGUACUAUUGGUGGUUCCACUUUUUAUCUCCGUGUCAUCCCUGUAGUAGGAAUGACUUUGUUUAAGUCAACAAGACUCUGUUGCACUUUUGCUAUAUUUUAUGGGUCAUAAUGACUUUGUUCACAAUCAUUCCGUAAUGAACACUAUUUCAAACACUAUUGACCUAGAGAUAGGCCACUUUACAGUUUGUUUCUAUAUGCAUAUUUCUUUUACUUUCUGUUUUAUGGGAUGUUUGAGCAUGCAUUAUGUUUCAGAAGGUGUAUUUUUGGGGAUAUUUUACCAGUAGAAUGAAUGCAGACUCUGCUCCAAAGAAAAACUAUAUUAGGCUAUUUCUAUUAAACUAUGCUGAAUUUAGCACUCAUUUACAAGCCUUUCACAUACAAGGUUAGCUCCAAAAUCAUUGCUUUUUGCAUCCAUACAACAAUAGUCUACUAUCUGAUUGCAGUCAAAUAAUCCAGCUGUCCACACAAUUGUCCAACAGCUGUUGACCAACCACUUUCUAGUCACCAAGCGAUUUUUCUGUCCAUUAAAUGGGUGAAAAUUACUAAUACUGCAACCUACAUGUCUUUGUUGAAUAAAACAUGAUCUCAACUUUAA